GCCUCUCCAGGUGUCCCAAUCAACAUCACUGUUCAAGGAAAAGGAGGUGAAAAGGUGCGUAUAAAGCCCAUUUCACUUGAGUUACGUAGCUAAUAGCAAGUGGAAGUUUCAUUCAUUAAUGUGAUAUCUCCCGUUUUUAGGGAGAAAAAGGUGAAAAAGGGGACACUGGAACCAAAGGCGAUAAAGGAAUACCAUGCCAAUGUUCUUUACAGGUAACAAAAAGACAGUUUUUAAAAAGUUUGUAAUUAUUCAUAAGUUGAAAUACUAUUGUACAGUGUUAUGAUUUUCAUUUAUUCAUUAGUUCUGAUCAGUGAACCUUCUGUCCGUUACUUAAUCUGUUGCUGAGUUCAGGUUGCAAGAAGUCUAUCCGCAAUUUCAUGGCGUGUUUCGUUUCAAUUAGGCACGUGUCAAAUUGCAUUUGUCCGUCUUCAAGCUGAAGUCUUAAUAUUAAAUAAGACUCUCAAUUACUGCUAACAGCUAAAAUUUUUAAUCUUUGGUCCAGUUCUCUUGAUUCUUAGGUUUCAGCCAAAACCUUAAACGUUUUUUCUUCUUAUCGGUUCAGCAAUCAGCUUUUACUAAUGUUUUUUUUUCAUCCUAAGUAUAAAUUGCAUCAUCAGUGUAUAUUCUUUUUUCUGUUUUAGAAUCCAAAAAAGCCAUCUGCUCAUAUCGAAUCCGUCAAUAAGGGGACAGUCUGGUACCCAGCCAACACAGGUAAUUUGUUCGUUCAGGUGUUUUUUUAUUUUCGGCAAAUAACCACGAUAAUUUAAAAAGGCCAAGGCAGGAAAAUAUCCCGGACUUAUUUCGGGCUAUACUUUGGAGAAAAACUUGUUUUGUAGUCACCUAGGCCGGUUGGUUUAAAGCAGUAUUACUCACCACUCCUCCAAAAAGCAAAAAAAAAAAAAAAAAAAAAAAAGAGAAGAAGAAGCCAAGGUGUUUUGGGGGAGGGUUGAGAUCCAUCCACCCCUCUGUUAGGCUAGGACGGUGGGUUGAUGGUUAAGGGUAUGACCUUAUAAAUUAGUUGCGUAGUUACAUUACAAACUGACUGAAAUGAUUCCUGGGUUCAAACCUUUCACAGUUUGACUGAAAUGUGUUCAUAAUUUGUUUCGUAGUGAUCAAGGAUUGGUCGGUCAGUGCUCCGUACAGCUAUCUUGCAGGUGGUAUGACGUACCAAGACGGAAAACUGAAAGUUCCUACCCCAGGACGGUACUACAUCUACGCUCAAAUUUACUACCACAACAGUGUACGAGUCUUUGUUGAGGUGAACAACAAACGAAUCACGAUGAUGCAGCCGCCAACAAGUGGUCAAGAGGCAGGUAGCUUGUACACUGGUGGGGUGUUCAACCUGGAGACUGGUGACGUCAUCGCGUUGACUUCUUACAAUUAUCCUCAUAGAAAUGGCGCCAAAAUUUACAUGGACACCCAUCACAGUUACUUUGGCGCAUUUUUGAUCUGA